UGGUAGUAGGAGUUGGGUAAGAGGUGGACAGGCCAGGAGAGACACGCUGAUAAAUGGGGAGAGCCAUAUCGGGGAUGGAAGAUGAAGGACCGAUAACCGACGCCUGUACAAUGCCGAGUUUUAUCAGCAGUUUGGAGGAGGGGAGUGUGAAGUUGUCCCGCCGCUACCUGCCGACUGAAACUUCCUUUACGGACAGCAAAGUUGAGCGGUCGGUCAGAGAUUUGAGCCGCCGUGUCACCAGGUCCACCUCGCGAUUAUCUCUGGACGGAGGUGAGCGGUACCCCGGGGAGAGGAGCAGCGGGGGGGAGAGGGAUACGAGGGGCAACAACAACAACAACUGCAACGGUGGCGGAGGAGAGAGGAGGAGAGCGAGCGCUGUCGAGAUUUUGAGGAGGAAUUUCGGGGUGUCAAAGUCUUCCUCUCUGUGUCUGAACACAAGCAGUCGGAUGCCGCGCGGCGCAGAGCAUGAACACACCGAGGGGACCGUUAAUAACGACGUUUCAAACGGUUAUGGAACGGAACGAGGCGAAUGUAAAAAGUCGGAGCGAGAAACGGGCGAAGCUGGGACUAAAAACGAGCCCACCCUGCGCGAGGUUACCACUUCUGCUGUUCACGGAGUUGAAUUUGUGAGCGUUACAGGUGAGCGUCAUUAUACAUAUGACAGUGACAGCAACACGGUCACUGACGAGCCUUUUUACCCUAAAGAACACAUCUACUGCAGUGUGUACUGUAUCGCAAACGACAGUCAACGAAAAGACGCUGAAAUCACAGACGAUGUCACCUCUGACGCAACAGAAAUGGACUUUGAGGCAGAACAGGACGCGGGUUCGACUCCCGAACCGGCCUUGUACACAUUGGAGGACCUGGUGGACCCUUUCGGGGACAUGUCUCACCGGCUGUCCUUGGAGCAGGACGGUGCAGAGACUGCAAUGCAGAGUUGCCGGGUGUGCCUGGAAGAUGAAACCAUCGCACCCCUGCCCUGCUGCAGGAAGGCCGUGUGCGAUGCGUGUCUGAAACUCUACGUCAGCUCCCAGGUGCGAGUUGCCAAAUCUUACAUCAGCUGUCCGAUCCCAGAGUGCAGCGGCUACCUGGACGAGGAAGUGGUGAUUUCCCAUUUAGCCAAUGAAGACGUGGCAAAAUACCGUUACUUCCUGGAGCUGAGUCAGCUGGACUCGAGCACCAAACCCUGCCCCCAGUGCAGUGAGUUCACCUCGCUAAAGAACCAGAACCACAGCCACUCCGAGCACAAGUACAAGAUCCUGUGUAGCAAUUGCCAGUUCGUGUGGUGCUUUAAGUGCCACGCGCCAUGGCACAACGGGGUCAAAUGUCGCGAGUACAGGAAAGGAGACAAGCUGCUUCGAAACUGGGCGAGUGUCAUAGAGCACGGACAGAGAAACGCCCAGAAAUGUCCGCAGUGCAAGAUCCACAUUCAGCGCACAGAGGGGUGUGAUCACAUGACAUGUACGCAGUGUAACACUAACUUCUGCUACCGCUGUGGGGAGCGCUACCGGCACCUAAGGUUUUUUGGGGACCAUACAUCCAACCUCAGCGUGUUUGGAUGCAAGUAUCGCUAUCUACCUGACAGACCUCAUCUGAGGCGGCUAAUUAGAGGGUCGGUCUGUGGCACUAAGGUGCUGAUAGCUCCUGUGGUCAUUCUGCUGGUCGUGGUGCUCGGAGCUUUCGCACUGGUGAUAGGUUUGGUAGUCUUCCCGGUCUACUAUGUGUGUAAGAAGAGGAAGAAGAAGCAGCGCUCGCAGGGCUCGGGGCGGUGGAUCUAACUGAAACCUGCACUUCAUCUAGACCACACACACACACACACACACACACACACGCUUGAAAGACGACGCCCACAUCUCCUCAGGGAUGAACAAGCCAGCCUGAGUCAUCGCAAAAGUCUUGGAAGGUACAUCAGAGAAAACACAAUGGCAAUGUGACCUUUUAAGGUGGAAGGAGGUAAAGCGAGGCCUGGAUUAUCACACUCUGUCACUUGGAAAACAUUUGUCUCUCACUGGAACACUGCUGCAAAAAGAAUGCAGGAUAUUUAUAUUUAAAAAAAAAAGGCAAGUUAAGCUGACUCAUGGAGCAAACACUGUCUUGUGGUAUGCUCUUCACAUGAUGGACGUGUUUGAAUCCCCCCCACUGAAUCUCCCAGCUGUCACAUGUGCAAGCUUUUCACUUCAGUCACACACUUAACAGCAUCCAUCCUGCAGGAGAACAAAUCAAAACAAACGUGAUUCAGUUUGUGUUUACACCCGCACUUGCGAGACGGUGCUCAAAAAGCAAGCCCGUUGGUCAGCCUGAUAUGAAGACAAUCUACAGUAUGGAUAUUUCAAAGGUUUAAAUGUUUCACAGAGUUGGAAUUAAAGCAUGGACACUGAUGGGAAAUGAUGGGAGGAGCUCAUAGAUAAAUAGCAGAGAAAUGGGAGGAGCUAAUAUCUUCUUCUUCAGUUGACUAAAGAUGGAAACUUUCUGGACCAAGCCAUGAUGGAAAAAUGUGUUCUCAUAGACGCAAAAAAGCUGGACAUUUGAAUUAGAUGUUGAAAAUUCCUAGUGUGAUUCGGGGUCUUUGACAUCGACACACUAUUCACAUUCAAAUGAAAGAAUUUGGAAAGGUGGAAGGAUGGUACUCAUCCAUUCUUUGGCUGAGAUUGACUCCUAGUUUUGAAAGCUGUACCCACCGUCAUUUAACAAAACGUGGUCAUGUUUGCAGGGAAUAUUUAGCCUAUUAACCCCUAAAUGACACAUUAGAAAGUUACAUUUUGCUAAGCCUCUGUUGUUUCAUGUUGUGGAUCUAAAUCAUCUCCUCCGUUAUGCUUUUUUCCUCCCUUCCCUUUUGUCUGUGCCCUGGUUGGACAGUGGCUCACACAUGCUGUCUGCCAGUACCUGCAUCAUCAGAAAGAAAAUAAGCUGCUGUGCGGCAAUCGUGCCAAAACAAAAACGCUGAAUGUGGCGGGACAGAAGGUCGACACCGUCACUUUGUUAGCUUUCUUUGUUGUUAUUUUCUAGGGGCUGCUUGUUGCGGAGGUUUUGGGCGGUGCUGCUGUCGGUGUGUGGUGGAGUCUGCAUACAGAAAUAUAGGAGGAGUGUAGGAUAUGCAUUAGAUAGCUCAAGAUGCCUAGAAUUAAAAUGAUGGAACACACUAUUGCAAAUGGUAUCCAUAGAGGAAUAGAAUGAAUUAUAUUAGAUUUGACUUUUGUAGUGGGUGGUGGUUUGCUGAGAAGCAUGCCGGUUGUUAGAUUUAAAGAAGAGGAUAUCAUCAUGUGCAUUGAAGUGUGUGUUAGGAUACAUUUGGAUGAUUCUUUUUUAGACAAUCAGGUUUUUAAGAAUUGAUGCAUAGAGGUUGGUUUGCUUCUGAUUUGUGCAGUGAUUCUGUUCAGAGGAGGUCUGUCUGUUAUAAGGGUUUGGAUAGUGACAUAUUGGCUUUUAACGUGCACUAUAAUACUCAUUCACACACAGCGCUGCCAGGAAACAGGAGAUUUUCAAGAGCUUUUAAAGGUCGUCACCUGGCUGCAGCCUGCUUGCUGGUCCUCACUUAUCCCUCUAUCCUUCCUGCUGUCCGUCUUAAGUGUUGAAAAAGAGUGCACAUCCACUGAAGCUGUGGCUACAGAAAAAAAAAAUUGUUUUUCUUUUGAUGCUCCAUUAUGAGACUUUUAUGGAGAUGUUUAAGAAAUGUGCAGCGGUAGAAGCACAAUAUAUCGGCACAUAAACGAUGCUAGAAAAAGAUAAGGGUUGAUUCAAUUAUGCAAUAAUUCCUCACAUGCGAGUUCAAUGCAUUUUUAAAUCUGCGGUGGUUGCCAGUGGAAGAUUUCAAGAGUGUUACAGCACAUUUCGUCACUGAAUCUUCACUGAAACCAGGAUUAAAGGCCUGAAGGAAAAGCAGGGUUGAUGUUCGUGCAUGUGACUUGUCUUUAUCCCAGGGAAUGGAUCUGACACCUAUUCUGUCAAGUGCAGUCAAACUGUAGAAUAUAUUGUUACACACUGAUUUGAGUAGAUCCUGGGAUUAAAUCAGCUCUCAGGGAGUUUGUUUUAUGUUCACUGUACCCAGAGAAUUGUUUCCCAACCAUGUUUUCCCAGAGCUGUUUUGCAACCAUAUUUGAUUACAGGAAGUGAAGUCACUGUAGUGUCAGAAGAGAUCCAUAUUUCUGUCUGUGUUUCCCAGAGUGAUUCAGUUGUUUUUGUGAACUCUGCUUGGGGGUCAGGUGACUCAAAAUGGAACAAGAGAAUAUGAAUUAGUAACACAGCACGGGGAAGUGAACCGUGUAAGCUAUUCUCAUAAACAUGACAUUUAUCUUAUUAACUAUUGUUCACUUCUUCAUGCGUACGUGUUAAUCUUGCUGCUCGGCUAGUACUACACUGACAGUUUGACCUGAUUUUGUUUGUGUGAAUGAAAUAUGAGUGACAGUGUGUGGGCAGAUUAUUUUUAAUUGUACUAUUACCACAGCUUUUAAGCACAAACUGUUGUCCUGCAGUUUACAUUGUACCAGCAAUAUUAUCAAAUGGUGUCUUUGAUACUUAAUUUAUAAUUAUAUAGUUCAGUAUAAACACCAAAAAUGUCGUCAAAUAACGUUUUAGGAGCGUUUCGUUUUAUUGGUCUUAUUUUCGCUCACUGGCAUACAUUCAUUUAAAUAUGAAUUUGUGCUACCUAGGGAUGUCACGAGAACCAAUCAUCGGUACCGAGUUGUUGCCAUAAAUUCAGAUAAACGUUACUUUUACUUGUUUUUGUCAGUAGUUAGGGCUCAACCCAACGUCAGCCUGUCAUCCUAUGAAUGAUAGAACAUUUGUUUAGUAUGCAGGGAACAUUGCACUGUGCUGCAUUCAUGCUGCAUUCAGUAAAUUAUAACGUUAUCACGAUGUGUUCAAAUGUAGUCUAGUAAAACCUCAAUUUUUCAGGGAAACUUUAAUAAAGAUAUUUUUCCCAGCAAUAUCAAAUAGAUGUUAUAUUUGUUAUUAGAUUUAGGGGUAGUUAUGACCUGUUUAGCCUCUUAACAUGAACAAAUUACACAAACGUGGUAAAGUAGUGUAGGUUGAAGUCCAUUUAACGAAUGUUGACGUACAUAGGAUAUACUGUUUUAUUUCAUUUAUUUAUUUAUUGUGGUAUCUAAUCGCUAACGUGGGGUUUCACUGGUUGGCGAAUACAUUUCUGGUAUCGUGACAUCCCUAGUCUCACGUGGUUACAGCUUCAGGACAAAUGUUGUUCCCUUAUACCAGAUUUAUUUCACUUUGAUCAGUAGAAACGUGUGUUGAGUCUGCUCAUGUAAAGAUGCCAUCAUUGCUUUGUUUUGUUUUUGUAUGCUUGCAUAAUACUGACUUGACAUUUUUUAAAUAUUGAGCAACUGUUUGGGUAAUGCUGAACCUUUAAAAGUUGCUCAAUAACAAAUCAUUUGUUGACAUGAGCAUUAUUGAAGCCAAUUAUUUUUUUUCCUUUGCUGGGGUUUAUUGGCUGGCUGAUUCCCCCCGGCCUUUUUGUUUGUGUUACAAUCCCAGUGAUAUUGGCAUAAGUAUGCAAUAGUGCCUUCGCAGCCAUUAUAGAUCAGGGUGGGCCAACCUGUGGUUUGGUGACUCCAAAGAUUACGAAUAGGGGUACAAUCUAUCAAACCCUCAUUAAGAUAUGUGUAAGAACAGCUAAAGAAAAGCAAAUGUUUUAAAUUAUUCAACUCUAAUGUAUGAGAAACCACUGUAAAUUAUAUAUGUAAGGAUCUCUUACCCCAAGGUACAGGAAAAUGUGCAGUGCAAUCGGAUAUAUGAAUGUAUUUGAAAUAGCUCAAGAUAAAACCAAACCUCUAAAAUGUUACAGGUAACCAUAAUACAGGUUGUCAGCUGUAUCCCAAACACUAUUAUAAUUUUGCACAAGGUCAACUGUCACUUUAUUUGGGCUCAUAUGAACCUCCCCCUUCGUCCUCUGUAGGUUAAAAAGACCUUUUGAUGGCUGUCACGAGGCAGCAAAAUGCUCAGUAAAGGAAGUGGUUAUAUGAAAACGCUGUGUCAUUUUAGUGACAGUAUAACAUAGUUUGAUUUUAACUCAGGAGGCCUGUGAAUAUUUGUUUUGCUUUAAAUGGUGUGUCAUCAGUAACAUUAGGAUGCAUUUUCACAAAAAAUACAUGCCCACGUUGUAUGUCUACACACUGCUUUGUUUUGAGUGUAUUUCUAUUCAAAGAAACAUCUUAAACUUGA